UACAGAGCUGUCUUGGCUAGGAAAGGUUUCCUGGUUCGAAAUACUUUGGGGUCGGGAUCUUAUUCAAAAGUGACGAAUUUGUAUUUUUCUAAAACUUUAUUCAAAAUUUUCAUUCUCGUUCCCGUCUCUUUAGCCGCCGUAAAAAUCGUCGACCGCCUGAAAACGCCGAAAGAUUAUCAAGAGAAGUUCAUGCCGCGAGAGUUGGAGUUGUGGCCGCAACUUAAGCAUCCUAAUCUGGUCGCUCUUCUCGACUGUUUCCAGGACGCCAGACGUGUUUACAUGUUGUUGGAGUACGUGCCUGGCGGAGAUGCUCUACAAUACAUUCAGAAGAAUGGAGCCAUCGGCGAAACAAUGGCCAGGAGAUGGAUCAAACAAAUCGUCGAUGCGGUCAGGUACUUGCACGACCGUCAGAUCUCUCACAGAGAUUUAAAACUGGAGAACAUCCUAUUGACAGAAGAGGGCCACAUCAAAAUUUGCGACUUCGGCUUCAUAAAACAUCAGCAGGACCACACAGAGCUCAGUCGAACUUACUGUGGCUCCAGAUCGUACGCGGCCCCUGAAAUUUUGAUGGGCCGACCGUACGAUCCCAAGAAGACAGACGUUUGGGCCAUUGGUGUCAUCCUGUAUAUAUUUGUUUUUGGGAAUAUGCCCUUCGAUGAAACUAAGGUG